AUGGUCCCUGAUCUAAGCGUAAAGAAGCCUGAUGACUGGGACACCGAAAUCGACGGAGAAUGGAAGCCCCCCCAAAUAAGGAAUGAAAAAUGUUUGAGCGCUCCCGGAUGUGGCGAAUGGCAGAAACCACAGAUUAGAAAUCCCAAAUACAAAGGCAAAUGGGUCCCUCCAAUGAUUCCUAAUCCAGCCUACAAAGGUGUCUGGAAACCUGCCAAGAUUCCCAACCCGAACUAUUUCAAGGACGACAACCCUUUCAGAAGUUUGUCUCCAUUCUCAGCCGUCGGCCUCGAACUUUGGUCCAUGUCGAAGCGCAUUUCAUUUGACAACUUCCUUGUGGUCGACUCCCUUCGUGUCGCAAACGACUUUGCGGCAGAGACUUGGGUUGUGAAAUCAGAAGCGGAGCGAUUGGCCGAUCCAAAAGCGCGUAGCGUUGUAGAUGCGGUCCGCGACACAUACAGGGAGAAACCCGUUCUCGUUUUGCUUAUCGGGCUUGUGCUCACCGUCCCGUUCCUGUUUUGUCUAUGGUACGUGUGUCGACCCUCACCAAAGACACAUGUAGAUGUGCGCAAAAAGACAGAUGCACCCACCCCAGAUGAUGAACCAACUAAGUACGAUGCCACUAAAACUGCUCCCGUCGUUCAGGCUCCAGCCAAUGCAGGGGAAGCUGAUGAAGAAGCUGAAGAGGAGAUGGAGGAUGAUUUGGUCCAAGUUCCGAGCUCCGCUGGAGGCGAUGUGGGCCCCACACCCAAAGUGCCAGGCGGCAAAGCUGAUCUGGAGUCAGAUUCCAAUGAAGAUGAUGAUAUCAAAGAGGAGGCAAGAGGAAUAUUAACUUGUGUCGGUUCAAUCUUUCUAAUUUUUGGAGCAGUAGCUUGGGGCCUUUUGGACUUUAAUACUUUGGGUCUCACUUCUCUUGGGUCGUCUGGGGAGGAGCCGUCCAAAACUAUCCAGAUUCUGGGUGCUUCAAUCACCGUUAUCGGUACAGUGAUGGUAAUCUUAGGCCUCAGUCUGUGCGCAUUGACACCGAUUCUAUUGCAUCGCGUCCGCUACAAACUGCGAAAUCGUCGGUUGUUGGGGUGCCUGCGUGUCCCACUGUGUGGACCGGAUUCUAACAGUCGGUCCGAUGUCACUGGGACAGCGAUUAGUAACACAAUGCCAACACAAGUGGACAUUACAGGUGAUCACCCGUUCGUUCCAGCUCAACGUGUGAAUCCUUUUACCAUGGGAUCUGGUGCAACUGGCAAACACGCUGUGGUUGCUGGACCCCUGCAAAGUGCUAACUUCCUUCCGUUCAAAUGUCCCAACACAUUGCCAACUUUGGUCGAACUGGAGAAGCUGACAACAGGUGGAGCCCAACUGCUAACAGUACUAGGAGGACGGCAACUGCAAGACUCGAAACUGGGCAAAGAAUUCAGCUGCAGUGCUGCAGGAGGUGACAGUGCGAUUUCACAGUUAUCUAAUUCCACGGAGCAUGAUAGCCAGGAGACGCUGAAUUCAGCGAUACCUUCAACACCGGAAUUAUUGCCUUCUCUGCAUCCAGACUAA